CUGCGUGGCCGGACUCUCGGCUCUGUGCUGAGGAGGUCAAUACGAUGGGGCGCUGGCUUGUCGGGGUGCUCCAGGUUGUCUGAUUUAUCCCUCCCGCUCUUUUGCUUUUCUGCCCUCCGGACCGCCACGAUGAGGUCAGGCUGACAUGGAAUAUGAUGAAAAACUUGCACGGUUUCGACAAGGCCAUCUCAAUCCCUUCAAUAAAGAUCCAGGUGAAAAAGGGGAAGAAGAUGAUGAGGAAGAGGAUGAUCUGUCUGUAAGAGCACUGCAUAUUGAUUCUUUGUGCAAGAAGGUCAGUGAGCAUGCAGACAGAAUGAUGGAUCUUGGCUUGGCAGAGGAUCAUUUUUCAAAACCAGUGGGAUCAUUUGUGGCAUUGGAUAUUGAAAAAUUAAAGCGUGCAAUUGAUGAAGUGAAACAAAUUAUCUUAGAUUUGCCUGAACACUCUGAGAAGCAGAAAGAUGCUGUUGUAAAACUUAUUCAUCUUCGACUCAAGCUACAAGAAUUAAAGGACCCUGAUGAGGAUGAACCAAAUAUUCAAAUUUUGCUUGAACAUCGUUUCUUCAAGGAGAAAAGCAAAAGUGUCAAACAGUUCUGUGACAAGUGUGGCACCAUUAUAUGGGGUUUGCUGCAAACAUGGUAUACCUGCACAGGUUGUUACUACCGCUGUCAUAGUAAGUGCUUAAACCAGAUUACCAAAUCCUGUGUAAGAUCGAAGGUUAGCCAUCAGUCGGAAUUUGAAUUAAACAUCUGUCCAGAAGUGGGACUGGACAGACAAGAUUACAGAUGCUCAGACUGUCGACAUCCAAUAUCCCUUCGUGGUGUGCCUGCUGAAGCACGAAAGUGUGAUUACACAGGCCAGUAUUACUGUAGCAGCUGCCAUUGGAAUGAUGUAGCUGUCAUUCCCGCCCGUGUCAUUCACAAUUGGGAUUUUGAAGCCCAUAAGGUGUGCCGACAUAGUAUGAGGUAUCUCACACUGAUGAUAUCUCGGCCAGUAUUGAAACUUCGAGCAAUUAAUCCACUUCUCUUCAAUUAUGUGGAAGAACUGGUGGAAAUUCGAAAACUCCGGCAAGAUAUCUUGUUAAUGAAACCAUACUUCAUCACUUGCAAAGAGGCAAUGGAGGCAAGACUCUUGUUGCAGUUACAGGAUCGACAGCACUUUGUGGAAAACGAUGAAAUGUAUUCUUUACAGGAUUUAAUUGACAUUGCCACUGGCCGCUUGAGCUGCACUUUAACUGAAAUCCACACCAUCUUUGCUAAACACAUUAAACUGGAUUGUGAGCGAUGUCAGGCUAAAGGGUUUGUCUGCGAGUUAUGCAAAGAGGGAGACGUACUUUUUCCAUUUGACAGCCACACAUCUGUGUGCCAGGAUUGUUCAGCUGUUUUCCACAGAGAUUGUUAUUAUGACAACUCUACUACAUGCCCAAGAUGUCCACGACUGUCGAUGAGAAGACGGUCUCAAACAGGACAAACUCAUCCAGACUGAAACCAGAUCAAGCUGAAGAAUUCUCAUUUGAAGUUUUAUGUGUGCUGAUUAUUUAAUGAACCAAGCUGAAUUAUGUGGAAAUAUAAUGUAGAUAUGAACAGUGGAGUUUAAUUCUAGUAGUGACCAAUUAAUAUGAAUUGUGACUCAUCUUAAGUAACCAUAAGAAGUUGAAAAAUACCCUUGAAUUUUUAAGAUGAGUUACAAAUUGUUGAGUUACAAGGAUAGCUUUUGGUUCUCUGAGGAGCUGUUACAAAAAUCUUGAUGAAUAACUUAUGAAAAGUGACUUCAUAGCUCAUUUGAUGAUUUGUAAAAUCCAACCACUUAUGUACAUUUUAUAUACAUUUCUCUCAGAGCACUUUCUUCUAAAACUGUUUAAUUUUGUAGUGACAUUAGGGCCAUCAAUUUGUGAAUUAUAGGAAAAUAAUUCUCACUGUUAGAAGCUUAAGUGAAACUCAAUAAUGCAGUUUCUGGAAAUAUUUUUGAAGACAAGAUGUUAAUCUGCAGCCUUUUUCCAUUUUCUGCUCAUGAGCAUCAGUGCAGUGAUUGACAAAGAAGGAAAUGCUAUUCUGGAAUAUCUGGAACUCUGCUAAGUUUAUCUUCAAGGUUGAUGAAUUAUACAUUUAAAUUGACGAACAGACCUGGGAUUAUAACUAUUUCAGAUGGUUGAUAGAAAAGCAAGAAACUACUGUUUUUUUAAAGUUGUACUGAUUAAGAGCACAUAAAUAUAUAAAUUUAAGGCAGCAGUGUGCACAACCCUGUUUCAGAAUAGAGGAUUAAAAUGCCUUGUCGUAAGUGUAGUUUAGUUUAAAUUUAUUAAUCUCCGAACAUUGCAAUUAUACUGAAGACUGCUUUUCUUUAUUCAUUUGUAUAUUUGAUGAACAGAAAAGCCACUGUUGUACAACAAAUCUUCAAACUAAGCUAUCAAGGAAUUUUCAGAUAGUAAUUUGCUGAGUUCGUUUCAUAAACUGAUUUCCCCAAUUAUGCACACGGUCAUUUCACCAACUAAAACCGUAGUUUGUCAGUCAGUACUGGUAAAUAAGAUAUUGUUUGUCCAUGAAGACCAUCUCUUCAGGCAUUUCUGAGGAAAAUUAUUUAAUUUUUAUUUGAAGAAUCUAUUUCUUACUGAGAAUUCCAGCUCUCCAUAAUGUGUUGGUGAUUCUUUGAAUAUUGUAUAUCUUUGUCCCAGGCAUUGUUUGAGUGAAUAUGAUAUAAUAUUUAUUGUUUAGUUUGCUACACUAUGAAAUGAAGUUGGGUUUUAAUUUAAUUUUCAUUACAAAUGAUUGAAAAUUAUCUUUGUUAAACCAAAUAUAAUAAUAUUAUUUGGCCUAUUGCACAUUUUCUGGAAAGGUUUAAAAUUCCUAAUGGAAUGUGCAAAGUUGGUAUAAAGCCACCAUAUUGAUCACUGCUGAGCAUUCAAAAUUUGUUUUGAAAAUGUCAUUUUCUUCAUUCAGCUAAUUAGAAUAUGAAGCAACACCAGCCAGGUCCAAGACAAUUACCCUGGUCAUUUACUCUUGUAGGCUAGUUUUAACCAGCACAUUCUAUUCUCCAACAGUAGAGUGUAUAUUUCAUUGGUAUAUUUAUUUUCUCAGGCAACUUAAUGAUCUAUGACUGGUCUGAUAUUGACUAAGACAAUCUGAUCUAACUUGGAGUUUAAGAUAUUCUUAUUUUAAUAAUUGUUAGAGUUGACACCUCAACCUUUUUGAAGAUUUAAAUAGUACUCUGUAACAAUGAAGUUGGCUUGUUUUAGAUGACGUCCACAAAGAAUUAUUCUGAUGUAAUCAUUGGUAAGAUAUUCAAAACAGGAAUAGAUAAAUAGAAUAAGCAUUGAGAAAGAGAUAGCAAAGAAAUGAUCUUGUUUUAAUGACACAAGAACUUGUGAUCUGUGACUUGUUUUCUGAUCUAUUGUUCUGUUUAAAUGGUUAUCAGAGCGGAGGGAAAUUAGUUAACACACUAUUGAACCUGGGUUGCAAAAUGAUAUGCUGCUUUUCCUCUUUCCACCCUACAUUCACCAAUCCCCCCAUCUUCAAUGAACCAUGAGGUAACAUAUGACAGUAUUCCUAAAUUUAUUUCACCACCACUACAAUUUUUAAAUGCUGCUAAUGGUUGUCUUUCUCAAAAGCUGCAUUUUGAAGACACUAAGAUUUAAGUUAUGUACUUUUUGGAAAACUUUAUCUCUCAUUAAUAUUUGGAUCUCCUUCUGAAGAAAGAGUAUCAGCUGUCUUGUGCACAUUUUGUAAAAUGUUUUCCUUUUUUGUAACUUGGUAACAAAGGCCAAUCUGAUAACUGGCCUUUGGUAACUUCAUGCAGUAAUGCGUUACUCUUCCCUUUGGAUGGUUACAGAUUGGGGGGGGGGGGAAGGGAAUAAAUCCUGAUGGCAAGGAAUUAUCUGGAAAGAUUCUGCUGAAAUUUUAGUUGUCAUUCAAAACAAUACCAUUGAAGUCAAAAUACAUUUAAACACAAUCAGAUUGAUCAGCUUUUGAAGAAAAAAAAUAAAGGUAACAUUUAAAGCUGAUUACAAAUGGAAAUUUCUAGAAAAUUUUCUCAUGUGCAGAGGAAACAAAGAUUGGAUUCGCAUAUUGCUAAUGACUUUAUCAAGCUAUAAUAAAAGACCAUAAAGAUGAAAUUAUAGAUUAAAUCUUUUCUCUGUUUGCACUUUACGCUGUCUGGUUUUUGUUUACUGUUUCCAGCUCUGUAGCUGUUAUUUGGAGAAUGCAGAUACUUUUUAUACAUAGUGUUUGUUAGGAAAAUUUAAAAUAUGAAUGUGCUAAACUCAUUCCACUAUUUAGGAAAUGGUGGUUCUCUGGAUAUGUUUGUACAUUGUCUGUGUAAACUACCAGAAAUUACAUAAUCUGAUAUUUAAUGCAUGUGCAUAAUCAAAGAAUGUAUCGACUCUUGACAUUUUACAUGGUGCUUUAAUUAUACUAAUGACUAUGUUCAGUUAAUAAAUUUGCUAUAUUUCA